AUGGUAGAUCGCGACAACUGGGACAAAUGCGUCUUCAAGGCAGAAUUCUCUAAGGGUCUCGAGGAUCGUCAUUCUGCAUUUGUAGUCCGACUAGAGGCUGAGAACAACAACCUCAAAACAUUUACUACGAUUACUACUAUACAACAACUCGCUGCGACCAUUAUUCCGGAACUUGUUCCACAAACCCUUCAAGUCGGCAAGGCAAAGAAUGCGCAAGGGAGAAUGUUCCACUUCUCAGUAAUUGAGCUUGUGGAGGGUGACCUCUUAGAAGAUGUGUGGCAGCAGAUGAGCGCCGAGGAGCAGAGCUCUGUUGUAGUAGAGCUAGUUGAAGCGCUCGAAAAGUUACACUCUGUUCGGCUAAUUGAUAGGAGGGUCAAGGAAAUUCUAGGCAAGGCGCUUCUUGAAGAGGGUGACGAGGUUCUCAAGAAAUUCGAGCAGCCUAGUGCCCUCGGGGGCCCUUAUACGGGAUUUUUGAAUGACGGGCCUGCCUUGUUAGACUCCAUCAUGAAAAGGCGAAAGCUCAAGAAGCCAUUCUGUACAAUACAGUCCAUUGUUGACUCGCAGGAUAUCAAGAUCCAGUCUCCUUUCAAAGAGCUUUGGUCGACAGUCAUUAACAAUUCCGAUAUUAACAAAUGGCCAGGAGAAGCUUACAAGCUGGCCGGUAUCAUUGAUUGGGAGCUCGCUGGAUUCUACCCAGCUUCCUAUGAGCUGAGUCUGCAAGAUACAUACCUGAGCGGCGCCAAUCGACAUGUAUCAUUUUAUCUGCUAUUGAAAGAACAUAUGAAGAAUAUAGUACCACGAUCUUCGUCACAGAUUGUGCUUCUGCAGGCCAUGGAGCUCAUCUUUGAGUCCCAACAGAGAUUGUUGUCAGACGGUACUAACAUUCCGGCUCACAUCCGGAAGAGGUUUAUGGAGAACUCAAAGUUGUCUCGAGACAAUGAUCCUUAUGUCGGUUGGACAAGAAGCCCACAGGACGGGCCAUUUCCCGAAUAUUCUAGCGCUGCUAUUCAGAAAUUGGAGGAUGACGUGGUUGAGCAAAUAGUCGCAAGAAGGAAAUCAAAGGCAACCCUAAAUACAAUGGCAAAGUGA